AUGCUUUUAUUAAUUACUAUUGCAAUAUUUUGUUCAAAUAAUGUUGAAAGUAGAAAUCUUCGUGAAAAAUUAGAAGGUUUAUCAGCAUCUCGCCUUCAAUAUGUUCCAAUUGGUGAUGAUCAAAUCAAUGGUGACAGUAGCAAUGAAGAUGAUCGUGAAGCAUAUAUGCAUACAAAACGAAAAAGUGAACUUUUGUCAUCCUUAUAUGGUUUACCAUAUGCUCUUGUUCAUGGUAAACGAAAAGCAAAUUAA